AUGUCCAUCGUUGAAGCCGAAGAGAUCGUUCCUGUAGGCUCAAUCCACCCCGAUGAUGUCCACCUUCCCGGUAUCUACGUCGACCGCAUUAUAAAAGCUACAGCCGAGAAGGGCAUCGAGGCAAGAAUGACCCGUGCUUCAGAGAGCACCUCGACCGAGUCUGUUCCUGCUAAGGAGAAGUCGCCUGCACUGGUCAGAAGAGAGAGAAUCGCCAAGCGCGCCUCGAAGGAACUUCACAACGGCAUGUAUGUCAACUUGGGUGUUGGUAUGCCAACUUUGGCUCCAUCUUUCCUCAACCCUGAUGUCAAGGUUUGGAUUCAGUCUGAGAACGGUCUUCUUGGUCUUGGUCCUUACCCUACCGAGGACGAGGUUGAUGCCGAUCUCAUCAACGCUGGAAAGGAGACUGUCACUAUGGUCCCUGGCGGUGCCACUUUUGACUCUGCCGAGUCUUUCGCCAUGAUCCGUGGUGGUCACGUUGAUGUCUCUAUUCUGGGUGCCCUCCAGGUCAGCGCCAAUGGCGAUCUGGCCAACUACAUGAUCCCUGGCAAGGUUGUUAAGGGUAUGGGAGGUGCCAUGGACCUUGUGUCCAACCCAGAGCAGACCAAGAUUGUUUGCUUGACUGACCACGUCGACAAGUACGGAAAGUCGAAGGUUGUGCAACAAUGCUCGCUGCCCCUUACUGGAGCUCGUGUAGUCAGCACCAUCAUCACCGACCUCUGCGUCUUCCAAGUCGAUCGCAAGAACGGUGGUCUUACUCUUACCGAGCUGGCUGAGGGCGUCACUGUCGAGGACAUCAAGGCCAACACCGAUGCAUCAUUCACUGUUGCAAAGGACAUCAAGUCAAUGGAGUAG